AUGCUCUGUAAAACAUUUCAUGCACACAUCAACGUAGAAUUCAACGACGAAAACAAGGCUGCCCUACGCAGUGGAUCCAGUCAUGUACAAGGACGACACAAUCGGACGCGUCUACACAGUUCACCCCUUGAACUCCGAAUGCUUCCAUCUGCAGAUCUUACUUCAUGUCAUUAUGUGACCAAUUUUCUUCGACGACCUUCGCACAAUGGACGGCAACUUAUGUGGCACUUUCAAAGAAUCCUGUUCCAAACGGAUACAGAUGAUCAAUAUGAUAAUGCACUUGGAGAGGCCUCUCUGUGUCGUUUUCCGUACAAGCUCCGACAACAUUUCACAAUAAUGCAGCUACCUUCUCAAGACACAGUUACCGACCUUGAUCAGGUUACACAUUUUCCAACGGAAUUUCUCAACUCCCAAGAUCCUCCACUACUUCCUCCCCAUGAACUCCACUUAAAUGUCAGUUGCCUCGUCAUCCUCCUAAGCAAUCUAAACGCAUCCACACUAUGCAAUGGAACUCGCCUUGAGAUCAAACAAAUAAUGGACCAAGAUAUUGAAGCCCAAAUUAUCACAGGACACGGAAAAAACAAUACCGUUUUCAUUCCGAAAGUUCCGCUAACCCCAACAGACUGCCCCUACCCUAUGCAGAGUCUUCAGUCCCCUCUCAAACUCAGCUUCACCAUGACCAUUAACAAAGAACAAGGUCCGUCGCUGAAAAUUGUCGGAUUGGACCUUCGAACGUCGUGCUUUUCCCAUGGACAGUUCUACGUCGGUUGUUCCAGAGUUGGCCAUCCAGUCAACUGA